AUGGCAGUGGCUAGACCUAUCCUCGCCUUCAGUUCGCUGAUACUGGUCGCUGGUGGCCUGCUCUUCCAGUUCCUAAACAUCCUCACUGGUGGUGUCAACAAGAGCCCUCUUAACAAAUUCUACUUCCUCGAGGCUUCCACCGAAGGCAUCCCCAACGCGCGCAACCCGUCGCGAUGGACCUUCUUUGCCAUCUGCGGCUCUGACCCAUCAUCCGGCAACAAUGCCAACUGCGGCUCACCCGUCCCAGCGCUGCCAUUUGACCCGCCCAGGAACUUUGGCACCCAGCAAAACAUCCCCGAGCAAUUCAUCGGUACACACCAGUACUACUAUCUGUCUCGUUUCAUGUUCGCUUUCUACUUGAUCGCCCUCUUCUUCGCUGCCAUCGCUCUCAUCUCCGGUCUACUUGCUCUCUGCAGCCGCCUUGGAGGAUACCUCUCCUCCUUGAUGACAUUUGUCGCUCUGUUCUUCCAGACGCUCGCUGCAGCUCUCAUGACCGCAUGGGUAGUCAAGGGUCGCGACGCUUUCCGUUCCGCUGGUUUCGAAGCACGCAUCGGAAGAUACCUCAUGGGUUUCACCUGGGCUGCCGUUGCCUGUUACUUCCUAGCUACCGUCAUGUUCUGCCUUGGUGGCCGUCUCGGAGGCGAUCGCUCUUCCAGCAUGCGCCGAACACGCUCUACCAAGUCAAACCGCAGCCGAGGUAGCUUCUUGGACACUGAAUCUCAACGCAAGACCAGGGAUUACUCUCCUUAA